AUGGGGGAUUUCAAUGAAGUUGUACAUGUAGCUGAGAGGAAAGGGGCGACUAGUUUGUCAGCAUCUGGUGAAGACUUCAGAGCCUGGAUAAAUGAUAUGGAGCUGGUAGAUUUGGAGCUUAAUGAUCGCAAGUAUACAUGGUUAAGAGGCCAGUCCUGUAGUCGUAUUGAUAGAACUCUGGUGAGUUUGGAAUGGCUGGACACAUACAUGGAUACUCGGCUUAGAGGAGGACUGAGAGGAUUAUCAAAUCAUUGUCCCUUGAUAUUAGAAGAUAGAAGGUUGGUUCAGGGCCCACGACAGUUUCAUAGCCUAGACUCAUGGUUCACACACGAAGGAUUCCUAAGGAUGGUGAAGGAAGAAUGGAGGGGAUUGGGAGAUGCACAGUUCCUAGAUAAGCUGAAGGCUCUGUCGAAACCGCUGGGUAGAUGGCACAAGCAGCAUUUCGGGAAUAUACCUGAGAAGAUAAAAAAGCUUGAGGAGGAGAUCAAGAAAGUGGACGACAUGGUCAGCAACGGGGUUUAUGAUGGUACAGUAGAAGCAAGAAGGAAGGCGCUAGUAAGAUGUUGUGAGCUAUGGUAUACGAGACAAGACAUACACUGGAAAUAA